AUGCCAACGGGCUUGAUCGCGAAGAUGAAGACGAAGAUGUACAAAGAGGUCCGACUCAUGAAUCCAAACUCACAUCGAGAAUUCCAGGAUCAGAGCCUAACACGAGAUAGAUCAAAGCACGGCAGACUACAGCUAUGCCAGCCUUUUUGGCGCUUCCGCAAGCAUGAUGCAAGUCUCAGCAAAGACAAGCACACUGUCGGGAAGACUUUCUCCGGAAAACUUUUAGACUUUCCUAUCCCAUACAAAGUAACGGCUCCGGGAGAGUCCUUGACAAAUGAGGAGAUUGUCGAGGCUACCCACAAUCCCCGCGCCAAAGAAGACAUCGAAACCAUUCACUUCAUCAACUUCCCUGAUGACUUUUCGCAAAACCCGGAGGCCCGCGCAACGCUUGUGCAUACCCAAGAGCUGGUAGAAAGCUGGCAAGCAUGGACAAGCUCGCUUUGUGAGGGGAAGGUCCAGGAGAUAAUCAACGGAGGCCAUUUAUCCGAUAAGGAUACGUUUGCAGCCAUGUCGGAAAGAGAGACUGAACUCGCGUCUGGCAAACACAUUGAGUGCAAGAAAGUCGAGCUCCAUACCAAGAUUCUCACAGCUGUUUUGAAAGGCUUCAUGAUCCCAACCUCGGUCUUCCAGUCUCUAGAGGUAGUCCUCUACGGCAUCGUCGAUGGCAUUGCCCUCAGCAGACGCAUUUCUCCGGUAGUGCGCGUCAUUUCCUUCCGUACGACCGCCGAGACCGCAAAAUACGUCGUGGGUAAGUCGAGCUACGAGUCGGUGAAAUUCGACCUCUCCUUUGGGCAGUAUCAGGCUAGAUUCGUUAGUAAGAUCUACGAAGGUAUUGUAGACAGCGUCGACAAGGAGCUCAUUGAAGCUGGUAAAGAGCUGACCAAGAUCAGGACUGAGGACAUUAAUGUUCCAGUUUAG